UUAAAAAAAAAAAAAAAAAUUAAUCCGAAAUUUGGCUAACCCUCUACGGUAAGUGUUCGAGUUCGAGGUUUCUCUCAUUGUCGGAGUCCUAUCCCCAAUCUCACCAUUAUCACCAUGUAUGCUGUUGCUUUCCCAAAACCCUAACUACUGCUUAAAUUCUUCUUCCUCUUUCUUCUACUUCACUAUUCAUCGCCUUCAUUAACCUCCAUUUUUACACUUCUCUCACUCACACUGUCUUCCCUAGGUGUCCAGUUCCAUAAUUGAUGUUUGAAAUGUUCUGUUUUGGGUGCUUAAACUUAUGAACUAGGUCAGAGAAUGAUCAUAAAUGGAUGCAGUAUGAAUUUCAGACCAUAUAAGCCUAUUUCCUGUAAUGCUUCCCGGCCAAGACCUGCUCCUUUACCUGCAAAGGCUGCGUUAACCAAUGUCAGAGCUCUAUGUCGACCAACUGAGGCGCUGAAAUUGAAUCAUCCUACAGGUUUUUCGUUGUCUUCUCAUCUUUCAGCUUCUUCGACUCCUCUCUUGGGUGGAGAGCAUGGUGGGCUGUCACACACUAUUCCUCUCUUACCUAAAAGGAGAGGACACUCCAUGGUACCCCGAGCAGCAAAGGAUGUUCCUUAUAGUUUCCGCUUUCCUCAGAUGAUGAAGAAGCCUCGAUGGUGGUGGAGAACCCUAGCCUGCCUUCCUUAUCUGAUGCCUUUGCAUGAGACCUGGAUGUAUGCAGAAACAGCUUAUCAUCUUCAUCCCUUUCUUGAGGACCUUGAGUUUCUAACAUACCCUUUCCUCCGAUCCAUUGGGAGGCUGCCACCCUGGUUUUUCAUGGCAUAUUUCUUUGUUGCUUACCUCGGGAUCGUUAGGAGAAAAGAGUGGCCCCACUUCUUCAGGUUUCAUGUUGUGAUGGGAAUGUUGCUCGAGAUAGCUUUGCAGGUUAUUGGUACUGUCAGCCGUUGGAUGCCUCAAGCAGUUUACUGGGGCAAGUUUGGCAUGCAUUUUUGGACAGCUGUGGCAUUUGGUUACUUGUUCACAGUGCUGGAGUGUAUUAGGUGUGCUCUCGCGGGGAUGUAUGCUGAUGUUCCCUUUGUGUGCGAUGCUGCAUACAUCCAAAUUCCAUAUGAUUAAUUAGGUCUUUUGUCUGUGGAUGAAGUGUUCUGCAAAUGUGGAACUUACUUGAGCAGCUUGUUUAGAGAACAUAUCAUGAAAGGACCAGUCGCUCUCAUCUGUUUAAGGUGUUCUUUUUUGUGUCCUGCUCCCCUGCUGUCACAUUUAAUUUGUAGAAUGCAGAAAGGCCAUAUUUUUCUGUCUAGAAUGCGUAUUAUAGCCUUGAAGGAAUUUGAGAAUCGCUUGAAUUUGUGCAUAGUUCACGUUUGAUAUUUAUACUGUCUAGUGACUAGAAUCGUGAAUUUAAGCACUAAGUAGCUUUGUGCAAAUGAAACUCAGAUUGGCUGGUUUUGUUUAUACCUGGCUUACUGGCUAUUCCUAAUUGCAUUUGCUGGAAUGUUUACAAUUUGGCAUGAAGUUGUACUUCAGGUUCUUAUGUCAUUUAAAAUAAAACUUACAGUAUUCUAAUUUA